GCAGCGGCAGCAGCAGCAGCAGCAGCAGCAGCCCACGUUCAGCAGCUCCACAUUGAUUGAUGUGCGCUUUAACCAUCGACUGGCUGAUCCCCAUGAAUGACACACGGAUAGGCCAAUUGCUGUACAGGCAGUUUAUAUUCCCAUAGUAUCUUUAUUUUGGGAAACCAGGAAAAAAAACGAAGCCUCUCAUGACACACAGAGCGAGGAGCGAGCAAACCAGGCGUAAAGAUCCUAAAAAUCAUCCGUUUUCACAUUCAAGGCUUCAAAACGCGGACUGCUCCCACUCCCUCCCUCUUAAACGCACAGAUCCACCUCACGGCCAGGAUUUUUUUCUCUUUUUGUGUUAUCAUUACUUAUCGUUUAUUUAUUUAUAUAUUAUUUUUUUACAGCCUUCGUCGUGACCGGAGCGAUGCAAAUGUCACGCGGCUGCCUGGCUGCCAGUGAGCGGGCUCGGCGCGGACACAUCGGGCUUUUGGUCUCCUCCGGAUGAGAUCCACCGCGUCUUCGUCCUCCCUGCUGCCCUGGGGGUUGGGGGGGCUUCGUUAAAAGGAGAGAGAGAGAGAGAGAGAGAGAGAGAGAGAGAGAGAGAGAGAGAGAGAGANGAGAGAGAGAGAGAGAGAGAGAGAGAGAGAGAGAGAGAGAGAGAUCUGAGGCUUCAGCACCUGGACAGCUCCUCUUUCCCCCACCUCCCACCUCCUUCCCCACCCCGCUGUGCACGCCGGGGGAAACCCUCAGCUGGAAAGAAGAAGAGGGGGGCAGAGAGCCGAGCGCAACCUGGACCCGCAUCUGGACCUGAACCCCCCUACCUCCUCCCCUCCUUCUUCUCCUUAAAUCCCGCUCUAAUAAGACUUUCAGGCAAACGAAGGGGCCUUUAAACCCAGCACCGUGGUACAGCACGUAAAAGAAGAGGAAGACGCUAAUAAUAUGUGGGAGUGACGAUGCUUCUGGCAUCUGUUUGGUGUUUUUGCACUAAAAAGGCGCGCGGCGCAGGCAGCUCAUCCAGUGCAGAAGUGGCCAGGAUCCUUGCUGCAGCCUACACACACACUGAGAGCCUGCUGCUACUGCUGCUGCCACUGCUGCUACUGCUGCUUCCCUCCCCCUGAUCACCACCGAGGGAGACGUUACUAUCUGCAGGGAGACACCAUGUAAACCUCACCCUGCUGUGACAUGAAAGCUGCAGCUCUCAGGUGGGGAGUUCAACUGCAGCUCUAAAACGGGCAGAAGUGAGUGGAGACCUCGUGAACGGCACCACCACACUGCUGCCUUCUCCAUCACUCAUCAUCAUGGCUAAUGCUGAGGAAGUGGAACAGGCAGGUCUGUCAGACUUGGAGAUCAUCUCGCAGCCGGUGGAGGAUGAGAACCAGUGCCUGGCUCCUCCGGUCCAGCUGGUGAGCUUUGGCUACAGAGAUCUGCCGCUCGCAGCUCUGGACCUCUCAUUGGCCGGCUCGCAGCUGCUCUCCAACGCAGAUGAAGAUGAAAACAGGGACGGAUCUAACUGGCUGAAGCCGUGCUGUGGCCGUCGUGUGGCCCUGUGGCAGGUCUGUCUGCUCAGUGCUGGCUUCAACUGUGUCCUGGUGGCCUGCGUCAUCCUGGUGGUGCUUUUUCUAACUUUGGAGCUUCUCAUAGACACCAAACUAUUACAAUUUUCCAAUGCUUUCCAAUUUGCCAGCAUUAUCCACUGGAUUAGUCUUAUCAUCCUGUCACUCUUUUUUUCUGAGACUGUCUUCAGAAUUAUAGUGCUUGGGAUCUGGGAUUACAUAGAAAACAAAGUAGAGGUGUUUGACGGUGCUGUUAUCGUGCUCUCUCUGGCCCCAAUGGUGGCCUCAACAGUGGCCAACGGGCCCAGCAGCCCCUGGGACGCCAUCAGCCUCAUCAUCACUCUACGCAUUUGGAGGGUGAAGAGAAUCAUUGAUGCUUAUGUGCUCCAGGUCAAAGUUGAGAUGGAACUGGAGAUCCAGCAGUGUGAGAAGACCAAGGCUGUUCGAGAGGAGCAGCUGGAGCGUCUCACUCAGAUCUGUCAGGAGCAGGCUUUUGAGAUCAGGCAGCUGAGGGCACAUCUGGCCCAGCAGGACCUGGACCUGGCAGCAGAGCGAGAAGCAGCCAUGCAGAUCCACCACGCCUGGGGGAACCAGAGCAAGAGCUUUCAGGUGGUCGAAGGUUUGACGCCCGGGGAGUCGGAUGACGAGGGCGGUCAGCGAAACCCCAGGGAGCCUCACGCUAAUGCAGAUCCAGUUGUACGUGAUGACAUGAACAAUUACAUCAGCCAGUAUUACAGUGAAGUCAGCAGUGAUGCUGGAGCAUCAGGCCUUGGCGCACGGGUCAUCACCACGGCAGCCAUCGACGUCCACCUCCCCAGCAGCACAAACCCCAUCCAGUCGAACCCACUGCUCGCCAUGGAGCGGGUGGGCAGUGCCGUGAGCGACGCCUCCACUAGCAUGUCGCGGUCCAGCGGCAGCCUGACGCCCCGCCCCCACAGCCUGAGCAGCCACACCCCGGGUUCAUCCAUGACAGACUGCAGCAGCAGCGCAGCUCAGGACCUGAGUCUCAGCUACAGCUCCCACCACUGCUGCCCCCCUUCCUUCUCAGGCCAGGACCCCUGCAGGGACCCCAGCGUGGUGGUGCAGGAGCUGCUCUCCUCGCUCUCCGAGGACUCGUGUCUGGCUCGAAAGGGCCUGGCGGUGGACCCUGUCAACCUCAAGCUUCCCAGUCCUACUGGCUCAGAGAACGCCAGCCCCGAGCUGGACAAUCGAAUCAACAUUUUUAAUCGCAGGAACCAGGAGGAGAGGCGGGGCCGAGGCAGAGGCUGUGUUCUGCUGCAGACGAAGCCACUGAUCCACCUGCAGGGCAGCUCCACCGAGCCGACUCUGGAGGAGAAGUACCGGCUGCUCGGCCCGGCCGACUCGCCUCUGGGACACAUGCCUGACACAUAAGCUACAUUUACACAGAAACAGAAGCUUUUAUUCUCGUUUUUACAGCCAUCCUGUUUGGCUUACUUCUGAUCUCUAGUGACAGGUCAAACCUCAAGAGAGGUGCAGACAUGAGGUUUGAAAAUGGGAUUUUUCUGUCGCUGUGUAAAUCCAAUCUUAGCUGGUUCAGAACAAGCUUGAGCUGCAGCUUCCAGCUAACACUGUUGUUCCACGACUUGUUCAGAGGUCUAUAGUAGAAAUCACAAAAGGAAUUCGUAGGCAGGGCCCUUUGCCAAAAAGUUCAAACCUCUUGUUUUCCUCCAAAUAGAUGUCUGAAAUCAAAGCUACCCAGAUAUAGCACAAAACAAAAACUGGAAGCUCCCGGUUUGCAGGAAGCUUGACGUGUCUUUGGACUUGAUCUUCAUCAGGAGUUCUACCUUAGAAGAGGUCAGACAUGCACUGAUUUUCACAAGAAUUAAAACCAGCAAAGGGCCGUUUAAGCCUAUACUGAACAAAAACACAAAUGCUGAAGAAAUUUCAAACGGUUUAAAAAAAGUGUUUUCUUUUUGAACUUUUCUGCAUAUGCUUUAUCUUUAUUUGUACUUUAAAUGUUGAACAUGCUGUUCAAAAUGCCACAGGGUACAAAAAAAAAACAGGACAAACUAUUUAAACAGCCAAUUUUUUUACCUUUGCUAUUCUGCUGUGUGUUUAUUUGUUCUGAAACUACAAACUAUGUUUAUAAACUUGAUAAAUAGCAUUUUCUUUUUGUUUGUUUUGUUUUCACUAAAUAUCAGGAAGGGUGUAUUUGUGCAGAUGAAUUUAAAAAAAAAGUUAACUGAGUGGUGUCUUCACAUCAAAGUAGGGCGGAGUGCUCGUAGCAUGAACCUUUAAAAGAUCUGUGCCAUAAAUGGUGAGCAAGUUCUUUGCACUUUAAUGUUUACAGACACUUUUGUAAACUUGAUAUGGAAGAAGUUGUUGCCAAAUGCAGGUGUUGUUAUUUGAAAUAAAAGAGCAAAAAUAAAAGUAUUUCUCCUUAUGA